AUGAAUUUCAUAAAGGCACUGGGGAAUCUUUAUUUUGUCCAUGAAGAAGUUGACGUAGCAGAAAUAUGGGAUUUUGAAGCAUCCAAAUUCUUUACAGUCGAAGGUCGAGAGCUUUUCUUCCUCUUUUUUUCUUCCUCUUUUUUCUUCCUUUCUCCCAUUAUUAGUCCUUUUCAUUGCCCCUCCUCUUCUUAUUCACCUCCUUUUUCUUUUCUUUAUUAUUUUCCUCCUCCUUUUUUUAUUGCCCUCCUCCUUCUUCUUUUUAUUGCCUUUCCUCCUCUUAUUUCUUUUCCUGACUCUUUUACCUUUUUUCUUCCUUCUCCUAUCCUAUUUCUCUUCCUCCUUUUCUUUAUUGCCCUUCCUCUUCUUCUUCUUUAUUGCUCCUCUUCCUCCUCUUUAUUGCCCCUCCUCCUCUUAUUUCAUUUAGCUGCCUCCUCCCUUUUACCUUUUUUCUUCCUAUUUUCUCCUAUCUUUAUUGCCUCUUUCUCUUCUUUAUUGCCCCUUUCUUUAUUUGCUGCCCCCUCCUUUUACCUCUUCUUUGUUAUCCUCCUUUUCCUCCUUUCUUUAUCGCCCUUCCUCCCUCCUCUUAUUUCAUUUUUUUUUUGCCCCUCCUUUCAUUUUUCCCUCUCUUUUACCUUUUUUCUUCCUUCUCCUAUCCUAUUUCUCUUCCUCCUACACUUCCUUUCUUUUUCUUCUGCUCCCUCCUCUUCUCCAUUACCCCUCCUCUUAAUUUCACUUCUUUCUCUCUUUUUCCUCUCCACCUUCUUCCUUUCAUUGGUUUUCUUUUUAUCAUCUGCUUCCUACAUCUCCUACUCUUUUUCUUUUCACUCCUCUUCCUGUCCCUCUUUUCUCAACCCCCCUACCAACCCUCACAUUUUCACCUUGAAUUUUCCUUUGAAUUCUCUCUAUUGCUUCUCAAUUAUUGCUUCAUUUGAGUUUUCCUGA